AUGUUUUGCAAAGCCACGCUCCUCGCUCUCGCCCUCGCCAUGAUCGCCGCUGCCGAGCCCAUUCGCGUCCACCCCGGGAUCCGCAUCGGGCUCACGAAGCGCACCAGCCUGACAAAUGCGGACGGCACCUUCAACGUCGAGAAGGCUGUGCGCCAGAUGGAAAAGACGAAGAUCAAACACCGCCAGAACCUCGCCAACGUCGCGAAGAACUCCGACUCCACUUCGGGCGUCUCCGCCACGGCCUCUGCUUCAACCUCCGCCGUCAAUCCCAUCGGCACUCCCAGCACCAGCGGCUCGACCGGGAAGGUACCCCUCACGAACGCAGAGGCGGGUGCGGUCUGGACGGGGCAGAUCAGCAUCGGGAACCCCCCGCAGCCGUUCGUCGUCGACUUUGACACCGGCUCGUCCGACCUCUGGGUCCCGUCCUCGUCAUGCAAGGGGUGCGCCAAAGGCUCGCACCAGUACAACCCAGAUGCGUCUAGCGGGAGCGCAGCCCACGACGGAUCGUUCGAGAUUGCCUACGGAGACGGCUCGUCCGCUAAGGGGACGCCGUACAGCGACACCGUGAGCAUCGCCGGGGUGACGGUAGCGAACCAGUACUUCGCGGCCGUGACCUCCGAGUCCUCCGAGUUCCAAUCCGAGCCCUUCGACGGUCUCCUCGGCAUGGGCCUCACCGCGCUCUCCUCGCUCAAGCAGCCCCCCUUCUUCCUCAGCGCCGUGAGCCAGUCCGCGGUCGCCGCGCCGACGUUCGCCUUCAAGCUCGCCGCGACCGGGUCGGAGCUCUUCCUGGGCGGCACCGACCCCGCGCUCUUCUCCGGGGACGUCGAGACGCACCCCGUCGUGUCCUCGAGCGACCUCAACGGCUUCUGGGCGAUCGGGGGCGGGGCGAUCGCCGUGAACGGGCAGACCGUGAGCGGCCUGGGCGAGCUGCAGAGCAUCAUCGACACCGGCACGACGCUCAUCUACGGCUCGAUGGACGCGGCGCAGACGUUCUGGGACGCCGUCGAGGGAUCUGCGCCGUUUGAGGAGGAGGAGGGGUUGUGGACGUUCCCGUGCGACGCGUCCCCAGAGGUCGCGUUCAGCUGGGGCGGGAAGGCGUGGACGCUCAGCGACGACACGUUCAACCUUGGGUCGGUGGAGGAAGGGUCCAGUGACUGUGUGGGUGCGAUCGCAGGCCAGGACAUGGGCUUCGGAGACAAUGUGUGGCUCGUCGGCGAUGCCUUCAUCCAGAACGUGUACGCUGUGUUCUCUACGGAAGACAGCGGCUCUGUGGGUUUCGCCGAGUUGAAGUAG